AUGAUCAUCCUGCGAUAUCUUACCGCCGCCCUGACGAUCAAUUGGGUCCCUAUCACCUUCGGCAGCAUAAUUAGAGCUAGGUCCCAGAAGCCCCUCCCUCUCGAAGACUCCCGAUGCGGUGGAAACGGCCUAGCAGACCCCGACGGGAACUGCAAUGGCGACGGCAUCAUCCACGACCCAGCCCCUCACGAGCGAGAAGGAUUCCAGUUCGAGAAUCCCUCUACCAACUGUGAAUAUGUAUCGCAGAUGCAUAUUUGGGACUCGUUCAAAGACUUAGAGAAGGAUAUGAGCAAGCUGUUCACACUGAUCAAUAAGGAUGUUAGCUUCACUGUUGUCGGCCACCAUCCCAUCGCUGGACAUUAUCGUGAUUUAAUGCACUUUUAUGUCAAUGCCUUGCGCCGGGUGAGCGUGAUGUUCAUGGACCACGCCGAUAAAUUCGAGAUUCAUCCACAGGCCAUUCAUGGGGGAUGUAAUAGUCGGUGGUCGGUGCAGGAGGUGAAUUUCAAGGGCAUUAUGAAUUCUGGUGAAGCAUUCGGCAUUGUCAAUGUCUGGGUGACUCGCUGGCAUGCCCGGACCAAACAAAUGGUGGAGAUUCGAACGUAUAUCGAUGCACCACGGAUUAUGGAUGCCUUGCACAAGAAUGAGCUAUGGUGGAACGGGACCACUUUCCGAGACAACUUGCAGUACAUGCCAGGCCCAGCGGGGAUGCCCGAUCUCAAGCAGUUGGAGGACUUGAUGGGUUAUCCCGAUGGACGAAAGCCUGUCACUCUUGGCACCCCCAACUCCCCCUCAAACCUAAAUAUUCCCCAUCCCGCAACUGGCAAAGGUACUUUGGAACUUCUCCACGAUGACUCGUCACUCCGCAUCCAACUCACCCAUAAAGGUCCCACCUCGAUGACCGAGUCCACGCCGCGUAAGCGCUCCCGCGCAGCCUGUCUAUCAUGCCAAUCGCGCAAACGCAAAUGCUCAGGCGAACAGCCCUGCAGCACCUGCGCCCAGGCCGGCGUCGCCUGCGUGUUCAGCGACUUGCCGCGCAAGAAGCGCGCCCGAUCCGGUAGUAUGUACCGUGCCUCUUUAUCGGGGGUAGACGAGCGAGAGCAACAGCGGCUUCCUCCUUCUGAUGGAUGGACUCAUCCUGUUCAUCCUGUUCCAGCGGCUAAGCCGGCUAGUAGCGCUGCGGGCAGUGCUGCGUCGCCGGGGUCUUAUCCUCGUGUGAAUGAUGUGCGACGCAUGAGCCAUUCACUGGAGGCGAACUCGGGCGCGGCGUUUGUGCGUAAACUUGGGCUUAGGAUUGAUCCUGCGCGUGCGCCAAGAUUGCAUCUUUUUGCGUGGAAUGUUGGUGAGAGGCGUUUGGCGCCGGAGGUUUCGGUGUUUCCUGUGACGUCGACAACGGCCUCCUCAAUCACCAAGAUGAUAUCGGAGGAUGAGAUGGGCCGGCUAGCGGGGAUUUACUUUGAAAAGGUUCAUCCAUGCUAUGCGUUUCUGGAUCGGAAGACGGUGCUUGCACAUAUUGCACAACGCUGGUCAGCGCCUUCUAUAUCUCUUGCCGAACCCGCAGAGCAACCAUACGACGUCGUACUUCUUGGCGUCGCAGCCUUCGGACAUUUAUUCUCGCGUCGCGAGAUGUCAUCAAUAGAACUACGGAUCGUCGAUGCAGCACGAUCACUCCUGGAAAAGAGCAUUCUCGGCGCAGACACACCUACCGUCGACACGGUGACAGGCUGGGUCCUCCGCGUAGCCUACCUACGCAUGACAGCAUCACCACACGCCGCAUGGAUGGCAAGCUGUACACUGAUGCAUCUAAUCGAAGCCGUGGGCCUGCAUCUCGAAACUCAAGACCCCGAAUCAACAGGCCUCAUCCAAGCACCAACAUCAGAAUCCCAACUCCCCAAUGGAACCACAACCACGACCACAACCCAAUCAACCAACAACACAAGCCUCCGGCGCCGCCUCUUCGGCAUGGCUCGACACCUCAACACCUGGAUCUCCUUCGACCUAGGCCGCUCCCGCGUCGUCCUGCACGGCGCAACAUCCUCCACCCCCCAGCACCCGCAACCCACACAGAUCUAUACCACCUCCUCCCCCUCUCCGAAAGCCUCGACCCAACCGGCCCAACACCCCAAGACCUCCCCGAACUCCAAACAGCCCUCACAGCCGUCCUAG